CUGCACACGCUGGAACUCCACUUACAUCAUGCUUGCUACAGCAAAAGAGUUUCGCUUGGUGUUUGAUUCAUUGUCUAUUCAAGAUCCGAACUACACCUUCAAGCCAUCAUUUGAGGAAUGGGAAAAUGCUGAUGUCAUUUGCAAGUUGCUGAAGGUAUUCUAUGAAGCCACUAAUGUGAUAUCAGGCACAAAAUACCCAACUGCCAACCUGUACCUUCAUGUGUUGCUGAAAGUGAAGUUAACAUUGGAGAAUCAACAUUUUGAGGAAGAAUCUGAGCUGAACACUAUGGUCAAAUACAUGAAGAAAAAAUUUGACAAGUAUUGGAAGGCAUCAUGGUUGGAUCUCUGUAUUCCUGUCAUUUUAGACCCCCAAUUCAAGUUGAAAUACCUUGAUUUUCGAUUUAAACUAGAAUUUGGGUAUGAUGCUAUAGGAAUGAUUAGUAAAGUAAAAAAUCUGCUACAUGGUCUAUUCCAAGAGUACCUCAAAUUGAAUGAUAACAGUUCAGAUCCCAUGUCACAAGGAGGUGAUGUUGACAUGGCUAUAAAUAAUCAUGAUCCUUUGGCAAGUUGGGACCAGCAUGUCACCCUUAGUGCCCGAUCUUCAAAUGAGGCUUCCAUUGAGUUUGAGACAUAUUUGUCAAAGGUACCAGUUCGUCGAAGUAAACAGUUCAAUAUCCUUGCAUGGUGGCAAAUGAGCUCAGCUGAAUACCCUACAUUGAGUCGUAUGGCAAGAGAUAUAUUGGUUGUUCCGGCUUCUACUGUUGCAUCAGAAUCUGCAUUUAGUACUGGGUCAAGAGUACUAUCAGAUUUUCGAAGUCGAAUGACUGCAGAAACUGUUGAAGCUCUAGUGUGUUUACAAGACUGGAUAAGAGCCAUAGCUAAUACUCGGCGCCCCAUGGAUUCAGUUCAUGACAUCAUCUUGACUUUGGAAGGUGAGGAGACUGUAGAGGCAAGCUCAUAGAGCAGGAGGAACGUCAUGCAGAGGGCAAGCAAGCAAGCAAUUCAGUGACAUUCAGCGGCAGAGCAGUGAAAAAACUGAAUGAAAUUAUUUAUGUAUCAAUACCAUCAUGAUUGUUGCUGUAAUAACGUUUGCUGGUGAUGAUUAACUGCAG